UUGAUAGUUUCCAUUUGAGUUUCUCUCUCUCUCUCUCUCUCUCUCUCUAGCCAAAGCAAAUUCUCCUUCUUCUUCUUCUUCUUCUUCUUCGUUCUGCGAGCUCAUCUUCAAGCUCUCGCCGGCCGCCCUCGCCGCUGCCCCUCUCGAUCAGACCACCGGCCGCCGGCCGCCGUCGGAUCUGAGGAAUCCGAACCAGCAUCGCGACCGAUCCCCACGCGGCUCCGGGGGGGAGAGAGAAAUCCGUGCCGAAAUCCGGCUCCCGAUCGCCGGCUCCGGGCUCUUCUCCGGUAAAUCGAUAUCGAUUCCGACCGAGAAUUUCAUCUGUUUCUUAGACGGAGAGAUUUCUACGGUAGUGUCUCGAGUGGAUGAGUGGAUGAGAGUGUCUUUUUUUUUUUUAUUUGAUGAGAUGGAUGGCGAAGGCUCGAUCGAGAUCAAGUUCAGGCUCGCGGAUGGCAGCGACAUUGGCCCCAGCAGAUACAGCCCGGCUAUGACGGUGGCCUCGCUCAAGGAGAAAGUGGUCGCUCACUGGCCUCGAGACAAAGAAAACGGUCCGAAGACAUUGAACGAUGUAAAGCUUAUUCACGCUGGAAAGAUACUGGAAAACAACAAGACACUUGCUGAGUCCAGACUUCAAGUCGGUGAACUUCCAGGGGGUGUCAUCACUAUGCAUGUUGUUGUGCGUCCCCCUAAUCCAGACAAAAAGAAUGAGAAGUUGCAGAACGAGUCUAUGGGGAAAACUGGGUGUUCAUGCUCAAUUUUGUAGCUCCAGGUAACAGAGUCGACAUCUUCAUGGCUCGGUGUUGCUUCACACAUUGUCAAGUUAGGGCUGCUACUUGCUAAGUUGCUCUUGGAAUCGUUGUAAGAAUGAGUGCAUCGACAAAUCUUCUUGAAAAAAAAAAAAGAGUAAUUCUUGCUGUAACAGUGUAUAAAAUCCUGAAGUGAAAAUUUGUUGGAUUGUUUAUACAGGCAAAAUUUGUUGUAGAGUUGUGAGUGAUGUAAUCAGCACAAUUUGAGUGUAUAAAGAGAUUUCCAAUGAAUGUUUACUUCCAAAGA